GGUAUACUGGUAUCUGCCCAUUUUAAAAAAGAACCUACAGGAAACUCAUGUAGAAAGCUUUUUCCAAACUUUCCCUUCACAGUUCACAUUCAUUAUACCCAGUCAUUAACCAAAACCAAAACCAAAACCAACAAAACUUACAUAAUAUUUGAUUCUCUCUCCCCCCAUGGAAUUGCAUCUGAAGCAAUGGAGAGACCACCAGCAUGAGUCAGAACAACAACAACAACCUUCUGCAAAGAUACCAAAACUCUUUCUUGAGUUACCCCAUGAACCUCAACAACAUCACUCAUCUGCUCUUCCUUUGUUUGCACCCGAACCCACCAGUAAAGUCAGCAACUUGUCAUCAUUUCCAGAUUCCACCACUAGAUUUCCCAAGAUGGGAAGUUACUUUAGCUUGACUCAAUGGCAGGAGCUUGAGUUGCAGGCUUUGAUCUACAGAUACAUGUUAGCUGGUGCUGCUGUUCCUCCGGAACUUCUUCACCCAAUCAAGAAAAGCCUUCUUCAAACUCCUUAUUUUCUUCAUCACCCUCUUCAACAUCAUUGUCCUCCUUAUCACCCAGCUGCUUUGUUGCAAUCAGGGUACUGGGGAAGGGGCGCGAUGGAUCCAGAGCCGGGGCGGUGCAGGAGGACAGACGGCAAGAAAUGGAGGUGCUCAAGGGACGUGGUGGCUGGCCAUAAGUAUUGCGAGCGCCACAUGCACCGCGGCCGCAACCGUUCAAGAAAGCCUGUGGAAAUCCCCACGCCCACCACCACUACUACUUGUACGGUUGGUGUUGCUGGUGCAGUUGGGACUCUCAAAACCACCACAACAAUUUCUGCUUCUCCACUCGGCCUGGUGGCUAAUGGGCCUAAUUUUGGUCUUUCAAGACCUUCACCUUCUGUUGAUCUUCUUCAUUUCAAUCAAAGUGAUUCGACAUUCAAACCUGAUAACAAGGAUCUCUUUCAACACCACAAUGAGGUUAAUAACAGUAGAUCAGAUGGCCACAUUUUAAGGCAUUUUUUUGAUGAUUGGCCGAGAUCACUUGAAGAACCCAACAGUGCUUCAAGCAAUGCCAGCACUUGCCUCUCCAUUUCAAUGCCUGAAAAUUCAUCAUCAGAUGUCUCCUUGAAACUGUCAACCGGCAAUGGAGAAGAAACAGAUCACCAACACCAACGUGGUGGAAGAGUGGAAUCCCAACUGAAUUGGGCCACAGGAUGGACCACAAAUCAGGUGGCUUCAAUGGGAGGCCCACUGGCAGAGGCUCUGCGAUCCGCCACAUCUAAUUCUUCACCAACAAGCGUUCUUCAUCAGUUGCCCAGGAGCUCUACCUCUGAGGCUAGUUUCGUUAGCACCUGAAUUUAAUUGUUUUUUUAACUAAAAUAAUCUGGUUUGAAUU